AUGGCGGACUCGCGCGACUCCUUCAAGGGCCUGUUCCAGCGCGUACGAACAGCCGUCACACGGCAGCGAAGCUCAGAAGGCAGCGGCUUGCGGACAGUUCAUGACCCUGAGGAUGCCGAGAUAGACAUUGUGGCCGUCCAUGGCCUUGGUGGACAGGGCUUCAAGUCAUGGAUCUCGCUCGAGGGCGGCAAGGCCAAGUCGUGGCUGGAGGACCUUCUUGCGCAGGAUAUCCCCAACGCGAGGAUCAUGACGUAUGGCUACAUCUCAGACGGAGUCAACUACCGGUACCUGGUGCGCAACGUGCUGUACGGCAGGGCCUUGGAUUUGGUCAAGGAGCUGGGCAAUCAGCGCAUUCGCGACGGCACCACCAGACGGCCGCUCUUCUUCAUUGCGCACAGCCUGGGAGGGUGGAUCGUCAAACGAGCGCUCAUCAUCUCCAGCGAGGCCAUCGAUGCGGAGCUCAAGGACAUUGAGCUGGCGACUUGCGGAGUGGCUUUCCUGGGCACCUUGUCACCGGGGAAGCCACUGUCGCCCACGCCGCUCGCGCAUGUCAUUCGAAGGACCACAUCCGGCUUCGACGAGCACCCGGCAUCUACUCGAGGGCACUCCAUGCAGCCCCAGCCACAGGACAUCGAGUGGUUAGAGAACCAGAUGGAGGCAUUCAAGGCGAUUACAGCGAACCUGCCGCAGCUGUCUUUUCACGAGACUAAGCAAUCGGACGACGGAUUUGUGGUUGAGCCGCGGCAUUCCAUGUCGGGCUCAGAUGGCGUGCAAAUCGGACUCUCUGCUACUCACUCAGGCCUGGUUCAGUUCGAGGGCCGAGAUGCCAACUACAGGACGUUUAUUAGCAAGUUUCGCGGCAUGGUCCACCAUGCCACUGCUUCUGGACUGUUGGAGAAGAAGCGAAAGGCGUUUGAUCCCGUCACAGAUCAGCAACUGGAAUACCUAAGCGAAGGUUUCAACAUUCCAUACAAGCUGCCAUCUGAGCCGAGCGUCAUCAUUCACAGAAAGAGUCUGCUCGAACAGCUUGAAGCCAGCUUCAGGCCAUCCCCUGAUCGGCAAGCUCUGCAUAUCAGCAUCGCCAGCUUAUGGGGAGACGCCGGCAUUGGCAAGACUACUCUUGCACGAGACUACGCUGAACUCAAGAAGCACGAGCUUUCGUUCAUUUUCUGGAUUUGGGCCGAGAGCUGGGAGACGGCCGUGACAAGCUACCUCGAGUUUGCCACCCACUUGGUUGAGUACUACUCCAAAAAUGCUCCUCGAUCUCGGGUCGAAAACGAGCUGGGACUCACGGGCGUCGAAGAGAUGCUCAAGGUGAAGAGCAUUCAGCAACUAGAUACGUUGCGAGUCAAGGCUGUGGUGCGAGCCGUCAAAGACUGGCUGAUGAGGCCCGAAAAUGACAAGUGGCUGCUCAUAUUCGACAAUGUUGAACCCUCUUUCGACAUAUCCGACUUUAUUCCACUCACCCUUACUGGAAAGAUUAUCUUGACCUCUCGGGAUAGCAGCAACUGCAUAUGGGGUACGAAGCUGCAUGUCGGACCCAUGGUGGACGAAGAAGCCGUACAGCUACUUCGCUCAAUAGUGGGAGACGAGUCACUAGAAAGCGAUCACGAAGAUGAGGCAGCUCAUAAGCUAGUACGGCAGCUCAAGUGCCAUCCCCAGAGCAUAGCGCUCGCCGCCUCGACCAUCAACAAGAAGGGUCUGGACGUCUCUUACUACCAGAGUGAGGUCGCGUUCAACAUGCCGCUGAGGACACUGGGCUCUAUGCUUGAUCAAUCUUCCGUCACACGGACAGUACUUCGUGUCAGCGCUAUGCUUUCGUACACAGCCAUUCCCGUCGCCUUGUUCGGUUCACCCAAAGGCCACAGGAACACGCCGGCGCGGUUCACAGAGACAUUGAAAGAGAUAAGAGCCUUUCAAGAAGCGAACCGACUUGACGAUGUUCUGCAAUACCUGUUUGAUCAAAACUUCAUCCAAACACCUUCCCCCGACUCAGCACCGUCUUCCGCAACUUCAUCGCCCAGCUCACCAUCGGCAUCGCAAGCCACGAAUUCCUCGACAUCAUCCUUCGAAGCUUUCGUACUCGACCCUGCGGCGCGUGAGCACGUGCGCGCAACGCUCAAGGAUGGAGAACAAGAGGAGAACGCAUGGUUAGCCUGCAAUAUCUGCGUGGAUGGCAUCCGGGAACGGGAGACGACUUCGUCGAGCCUACCGGAGAUUCACGAUUUCGGGAGGAUCAUGGCGCCUCACGCAAAGGCUUGCUAUGAUGACUGGUCCCGCAUCUUAGAGCGCGACGAUGACGAUGUCGCGUGGCAUGUCUUGGGAAACGUCUGCAUGACGCAAGGAGAACACGAGAAGAGCGCCGAAGUCCUGAUGGACAUUGACUUGGCUUCCAUCGACCAAGCCCUCGGCUUCAAGGUUGCUCUGGCGAAGAUAUCAGCGGCAACCGCUCGAGGUGACUAUGACUACGCGGAAGACCAGUACGGAAUCAUCGAGCAUAAGCAAGAGGAAGAGCUUGGGCCGACGGAUGCGGCGACUGUGAGUACUGUCCAGAAGCUCGCAUCAACGCUAGAACAGCUGGGAAAGAUGGAGGAGGCACAGGCACUCUAUCGCCGAGUGUACAUCUCGUACCAAAGCAUGUUUGGCCCGGGCCAUCCAAUCACCAUCGAAGCCCUUGAUGAGCUUGCGCACGUAUCCAAGGCUAGCAACGCCAUGGACGAGGCCGAAGCACUCUACAAGAAGUCACUCGAGAUCAAGACAAGAAUCCUUGGGGCAGAACAUCCAAACACAGCUCACGCACUGCAGAAGCUGGCUGUCAUUGACGACAUACGCUGCCGUUAUGAUGACGCCAAGGUCAAGUACCGGAAAGCAUUGGAUAUCAUGGCUGCCUCGCUUGGCAGGGCUCACCCUCUUCAUACGACUACGAUGGAGAACCUGGCAUUAAGCUGCCGCCUGCAUGCCCACUUGCUGGGCGAGGAGGACGAGACGGCAUCCAUUCACUCGUCUGAUUCGAGUUCAACUCCGCGCGCUUUUCGAUCUCGAUACCGGCGUCGUUCAACAAUCAACUCGACCAACACCAUUACUCGCGAUCGCUACACGAACUCGAAGGAGGAGGCGGUUCUUCGCGAUGCUUCCCGUCGCCGGGCAUUUGGCGAAGCGGAACAGCUGUACCUCGACGUUAUUGCGAUCAAGAAGUCGGCGACUGAGCUGUACCGCGAGGGAGAGGUUGUCGAGACGGGAUCCAAGCUCAGAGAGAUGUACGAGAAUGAGCCAUUCUUCCAGAAGUGCCGCGAUGAGAAGGUGUUGAAUCUGAUGGGCCUCCUGAGGGAGAUGAAGAGGAGGGGAACACUCUAA